UACAGCUCUGGGAUCACUACCUGUAAGCCGAUGCCUUCGCUUCCUAGCCAGUCUCUCUACAAGGUGUGUUGCUGUCAUACACUGCUGGGAAAGCACUCCCAGGUGUGGAAAGAGAGGGCUCGCCACCAGCUUGGACUUCCAAGGAUCUUUCUUUGCGGGAAGAAAUUUAAUAUUAAUUAGAAACGCCUCUAGAAGAUUCACUACUGCAUUGUAGAGAGAGUGCAAACCCAGGAAGGACCAGGAUGGGAAUCCUGUAUUCUGAGCCCAUCUGCCAGGCAGCCUACCAGAAUGACUUGGGGCAAGUGUGGCGGUGGGCGAAAGAAAGCAACCAUUACGUGGAUAUCCAAGAUAGCUUCAAUGGUGAUACUCCCCUCAUCUGUGCCUGCAGGCGGGGGCACCUGAGGAUUGUCUCCUUCCUUUUAAGGAGAAAUGCUGAUGUCAACCUCAAAAACUUGAAAGAGAGAACCUGCUUGCACUACGCUGUGAAGAAGAGAUUUACCUUCUUUGAUUAUCUACUCAUUAUCCUUUUAAUGCCUGUCUUGCUAAUUGGAUAUUUCCUCAUGGUAUCGAAGACAAAGCAGAAUGAGACUCUUGUACGCAUGCUCCUCAAUGCUGGCGUCGAAGUUAAUGCUACCGACUGUGACGGCUACACUGCCCUGCACUACGCUUGCCAGAUGAAAAACCAGGCUCUCAUCCCGUUGCUUCUGGAAGCCCGUGCCGACCCCACGAUAAGGAACAAGCAUGGUGAGAGUUCACUGGAUAUCGCACAGAGACUAAAAUUUUCCCAGAUUGCACUAAUGCUAAAGAAAGCCUCAUAGACCUGUGACUUAUCAAGUGGUGACAGAGACACAGCUGAAGGACUGGAUGUUGUUCAACUCAUGGAUUAUUGCCCCAGGGGCACUCAAGCUGGAUGCAUCCACUUUGUGUCAAAUACUGGACUUAGGAUGCUUUUUACAGUGGGGGUCACCAUGGCCUUGAUCCCUCCAGAGGAGAAAUCUCUGUUGUCAAAACUGACUUUUUAAAGAAUUUAUAAUCCAGUGUCUUCUAAAAAUAUGUCAGAGGGACUUGAAGUCACAUUCUGUCGUCUAAUGAUGUCAUCCCUCUGAUGACUUGGCCCCACAUCCCAUCUUGGGAGACACAUGGCUCAUCUCAGGCCUCUUUACAUACUAAGCCCAAGAGAACCCAGCGUAAAUAUUCCUUUGAUGGAAAAUCUUCAAUAAAAACAUAUGUCGGUUGUCAGCAGUGAGUUUGUCUAAACCACAGAAAUUGGUGCAUGUCCCAUAGUAGAACUGUCUUUUUGUCAUUGUUUCCCUGGGUGGGAGUGGGGGUGUCGGAGGAGGGGGAGGGGCUAGAUCUGUAUACCAGCAUGUGUUUCACCAGCAGUUUAUAACUAAGUGUCUUUUCAGUUUGUAAGUUAUGUAAACAUUAAAAACGUCUGUUCAGGA